ACGGGUGACGAACAACAAGUUGUGGAGAUUUUGCGCGCGUCUACGGAUCACGACCCAAAAGACCCCAGUCCCAGUCACAGUCACAAUUGCAGUCACAGUCACUGGAUACGGAUGCGUUUCGAUUGUAGUGGCCCUUAACGCGAGUGUUUCCAUUUGUUCUUCAUGGGAGGUCUUAGUUUCAGUUAAUAUUUCCCCCAAAACUAAUGCUAAUGAAUAAUUCAAGCAAAUUCCUAAAGUAAAUUCAGUGAUCGGCCUAGCUUAUAGAGGUGUAUAUAUUUACCCCCGUGCCCACCCCUCUCUAGCCGACUCCUUCGAAAAAUUAGGUGUGAUAAGUGCGUGAUAAUUUUUGAACAAAGCCCUCCCGUAUCCUCUAUGUGCUAAUCAAAUUUCAGUUUUGGUUCAACAACUCAUCGCGCAACUAGUCCGGAGUACUUGCCAAAUCCCCCGAAAAAAAAAAAAUCGAUUGAAACCUAAUCAAGCAUCCACAACUGGCGUCGCGUCGGCCAGCAACGAAUCAUCGGCGUCAAUUUGUAUACAAAAUUUCAUGCCUUAAUUGAAACUAACAAUAUAGCCAAGUGCGAAAAUUUAACGGCUGAAAAAAAAAACCCUUCCCGUCCAGAAGCUGCCCAUCAUCCAUCAUAUCAUCAUAUUUGGAACUAAAGCACCGACGGAAGCGAGAAAGUUUUGCGAGUCCAAAACAAAACCACAACAACAACAACAACUGAAAGUGUUAUAAUUAACCAUAAUUGUGGAGUACUUUACUCAACUAACGCCGCCUGAAAUGGACCCAGAGUCGCAGUGUCCGCAGUACGGCGAGGUGAAUCAGCUGGGCGGCGUCUUUGUUAAUGGACGACCAUUGCCUAAUGCGACGCGCAUGCGCAUUGUGGAGCUUGCCCGCCUUGGCAUCCGGCCCUGCGACAUCUCUCGCCAGUUGCGGGUCAGUCAUGGCUGUGUAUCGAAGAUACUGGCCCGCUAUCACGAGACGGGAUCCAUUCUUCCUGGAGCGAUUGGCGGCUCCAAGCCGCGGGUGACAACACCCAAAGUAGUCAACUAUAUCCGUGAACUGAAGCAGCGGGAUCCGGGAAUCUUUGCCUGGGAGAUUCGGGAUCGACUGCUGAGUGAAGGAAUCUGCGAUAAGACGAAUGUGCCCAGUGUUAGCUCCAUUUCACGCAUUCUACGCAACAAGUUGGGCAGCAUUGGUCAUCAUCAUACGCCCGGAGGAUCAAGUGCAUCGGGAAUGAACAACAAUACCAGCAUGGGAAGUUCCGGUACUAAUGGCGGCAACAACGGCCUGGCUAAUACGGGCAGCAUGAACAUGUCUAACUCACACACGGGCUCCUCUUCCGCCUCUUCGCACCACCAUCAUCAUCAUCACCACACAGCGGCGGCGGCAGCAGCCAGUGCCCAUCACGCCCAUGCCCAUGCACACCUCUACAAUUCCAUUUACCAGCCAUAUAGUGCAGCUGCCGCCUACAGCAUGAAGGCCGUAUCCUGCGGCAGUCCAUCGCCGCCGCAAGGAGGUGGCGGUCAAACGCAUCCGCAUCAGCUUCGAAGUGUGGCCGCUGCCGCCGCUGCCCAUUGGCCGUCAUCGCACUCGGUUAGCGAUAUACUGGCCCACCAUCAGGCCGUUGCUCUGAGGGCCAGCUGCCAGGUAGGGGUAGGAGUUGGCGUGGGCAUGGGCAAUACAGUGUCACCUUUGCCCAUGACCCCUUCGCCAGUCGGAGCAGCAUCGGCCGGUGGACAGCCGCUGCUCGACUGCGAGGGUGGAACGGGACAGCAACCACCCUACUAUAUGUACUUUCAAAAUGGUGGAAUGCAUCAUCAUUACCAUCAUGGUGGCAUGAUGGCAGCCGGAGCCACCGGCUUAUGAGUGUGAUAAGUUGUUCACAUAGUCAGUUGCUAAUCAGUUGGACUAAGUUCCACUUAAAGUAGAUGCGAGCAGAAGUUUGGAUACUCGAAACGAAGGGCUACAAAAACAAAAGAAUCCGAUUAAUUUAUAAAGUUUAAUCAAUUAAUGAUCAAUUACUCAUUUAAUAAACAAAUUUAGUUCAGAACUUUUCUUCAGUUUUUUUCUUUGUCCCAAUUCAUUAGCCAUUCAUAGCUAUCGUGUCCAAAUAAUUUAAGAGAUAUUAUUUUAUUUUUGAAAAAUAUAAUAAAUCUGAUAUAGAUUGAUUUUAAUUAGCUGUGUAUAUAUACAAUAUCUUACGAUAUUUGCUGGUCUUGGUUCAAUAUCUAAACGAAUUUUAAUGUUAUUUUCGAGAUUUGUUUCUAUAUAGUUUUUUCUGUU